AGAGUCUCACUCUGUCACCCAGGCUGGAGUGCAGUGGCGCGAUCUCGGCUCACUGCAACCUCCAUCACCCGGGUUCAAGCGAUUCUCCUGCCUCAGUCUCUGGAGUAGCUGGGACUACAGGUGCGUGCCACCAUGCCUGGCUAAUUUUUUGUAUUUUUAGUAGAGACGGGGUUUCACCGUCUUAGCCAGGGUGGUCUCAAUCUCUUGAUCUCGUGAUCUGCCUGCCUCGGCCUCCCAAAGUGCUGGGAUUACAGGCAUGAGCUGCUGCACCCGGCCAGCUUUUGAAUUUCUAAAAGAAUAUCCUGAUAAUCUUAUUGGGAUUGCGUUAAAUUUACUUAUUAAUUUAAAAUUUUUAAAGCAUUGAUCCUCUAAGAAUUUGUUUUGUGUAGCUCAAAUAUUUCUCAUCUGCUUUUAAAAAAAAGUUGAUUUUACAAAAUUUGCUGGGAGUGGUAGGGGCGGCUCAUGCCUGUAAUCUUAGCACUUUUGGAGGCCGAGGCAGGAGGAUUGCUUGAGCCCAGGAGUUCAAAACCAGCCUGGGCGAUAGUGAGACCCUGUCUCUUAGAAACUACAUAUAUAUUUUACAAAUUUAUUUUUCUUUGAGGCAGAGUCUCGUUCUGUCACCCAGGCUGGAGUCCAGUAGCAUGAUCUCGACUUGUUGCAACCUCUGCCUCUGUGGUUCGAGGUAUUUCGGGGUGCCUCAGCCACUUAAGUAGCUAGGAUUACAGGUGUGUUUCACUUCACCUAGCAAAUUUUUGUAUUUUUAGUAGUUUCACCGUGUUGGCCAGGCUGGUCUCGAACUCCUAGCCUCAAGUGAUCUGCCCGCCUGGACUUCCCAAAGUGCUGAGAUUCCAGGCGUAAGACACCGCGCCCGGCUUAUUGUACAAAUAUUUCAUUACUGAUACUACAGAGAGCAGUUACUCAUCAUACUACCUCUAUCACAACAAACAUUUCUGUUUUCCCUUUACUUUUAGUGAUGCUGAAUCAUAUUUUAGGGCCUUUAUUAUUAUAUAUUCUGUAAUUAGCAAGGUGUCAUGCAUACAGUAGGUAAAAGUUUAGAGAGCUUGUCCAUACCACUGUGGGAUCCUCAAUAGGAAGUAAUUUGGAAGUAUCUAUUGAAAUUUAAAAUAUACACAGGCAUGUACCGUAACUCUUUAGUUGUUUACUCAGCAUCUAUCCUAAAGAAAACAUGGGCCGUGACUCACAUACUGUUUUUUUCAGUACCUUCUGUCACCCUUGUUAUCUCCUUACAUUUUAGCCAUUAAAUUCUGUUAAAGAAGAUGUGAAACCUUUUAGAAGUGGUUCAUAGCCCAUGCUGUGCACUUUUAAUUUGAUUCUCUACCUUACUUUUUAGUUAAAAAAAACAAAACAAAACAAAACUCGUCACCAUAGUAAUUCUUUAGAUGUUAGAAUCAGCUAGGUAUGCUUUUUUUUCUCUCAAACUUCUUUAAUCAUCACCCACAUUUCACCCCAGUUCCGAUAAUUCCCUCUUUCCCUGUUGAAAAUCACCAUAAUGAGCCUUGGCCCCCGAUUGCACGUCCUUGAUGAGUGUGUUGGGGACAGAAGUACUCUCAAUCCCCUGUGGCCUUCCUGCUCUUGUUCCCACUCCUGACCAGCCCACAUAAUGAAUCCUGUUCUCAAAGCAAAGAUCAUCUCCACCCACAUCAGCAGCACCUUUUGUUCUUUGUUCCUUUUUCAUCCUUAUUCCCAGAUCUCAAAAUAUCGCUCCCAAUAUCUUUGCAGUCUUUACUUUCAUUCCAGAGGAUUCAACAGUAUACAUUUAUGCGCAUGUGGUAAAAGGACCACGGUUGCUUUGGUACCAAACAGACAUGAACAAAAAUUGCACCAGAAAACAGAAAAAUUGUUUGUGCAGAAUUCUAGAAAAAAAUCCUCUUGCCUGUCUCCACAUCAGGGUGAAGGGGAAGAGGAGAGGGCCAUCUGGGAAUCUGGGAAUUAAGGAAGUAAGGAGGUAGAAUUGGAAUGUUUAAGCCACCAAGUAACUAUUAGAUUGGUGCCUGGGUUUUGGGUCAUGCUCUCAUGUGCUUCUGCCUGCAGCUUACUUGCCUCCCUCUUGGGCUGGCUGGAAAGCCGUGGGCUGGUUACUAUGGGAAUUGAUGGGUGCUGCUGGCAGUGAGAGAAGGAAAGUACUUGGAAUUGAUACAGAAAUACUAGGAGAGCAGGUUUUUUUUUUUGCCCUCUGCUUUCCUGCUUACUGUUUUUUGAUUUGAUUUAACUAAUGUGGUUUUAGCUGAAGAGAGCCUUUCCAAGAGCUCACCUGUGGUACCCUGAGGAGGAGUUGAGCUGUCAUCACUCUAACCCAGGAAGACCUCAUGGAGACGAGGGCAACACAAAGGAUGGCUAGUUUCUCAGAUGAAUUUCUGUUUCAGCAACUGGCUUCUCAGGCUUCAUUGAACUCAAAAUUAAACCCAAGCCUCUUUUUAUACUGUUAAGAAAUGUGCUGCAGACAGGAGGGGGAAAGUCAGUAUUUAAUUCUCUCUUCUUCACUACCAUCUUCUUCACUACCACUCCUCUCCCUCUUCUUCACUGCCACCACCCCUUGCAAGGAAAAGGCCCUCCCUAUCCUGAAGACAUUAGCUGAGAGUCUGGCACCUUUUAAAAGUCUGAUCAUCAAUUGUCUCUCUGGGCGGCCACCUAUGAGACUUCAUCUGUGUGGUUAUACCUUAUUGGUGUGGAUGUUGUCUAAAUUUCGGUAGCCAUGGCACAAGAAUAUAAGAAAGCAUGGGAUUAUGGCAACCACAGAAUCUCAGUAGUACAAGUUCCAUUCAGUUUUUUCUGAAAGAAAGCCCUCUGUUAAAGUGAAGCAAAGAAACUGUUGUGGAUUAUAACGUUUAGAAGUUCCAAUUUUUCAGUGCUUUACAAAUAAAGCAUCAUUUAACCUUUUAAAUGAAAAAGAUUAAGAUCUCAUGCAACUCUUGUAUUUUCUGGAAGCCAUUCUCCAAAAGGGAAGUGCACAUUUAAAACACAGAUAUGAUGGUCCUUGCUGCAGGGAUUUAAGUCUACUUGCUUUUACAUCAUGACCAGCUUGAAACGGUCACAGACAGAAAGGCCUCUUGCCACUGACAGGGCCUCUGUUGUUGGCACAGACGGCACCCCCAAAGUCCACACUGAUGAUUUCUACAUGCGGCGCUUCCGGUCCCAAAAUGGCAGCUUAGGAUCAUCAGUUAUGGCUCCUGUAGGACCCCCCCGAAGUGAAGGUUCUCACCAUAUAACCUCAACCCCCGGAGUCCCAAAAAUGGGGGUAAGGGCAAGGAUUGCAGAUUGGCCCCCAAGAAAGGAAAACAUAAAAGAAUCUAGCCGUUCAAGCCAGGAAAUAGAAACCUCAAGUUGCCUUGAUAGCCUGUCCUCCAAAAGCAGUCCUGUGAGUCAGGGAAGUUCUGUUAGCCUCAAUUCCAAUGACUCAGCCAUGCUGAAAAGCAUACAGAACACGCUGAAAAACAAGACAAGACCGUCGGAGAACAUGGACUCCAGAUUUCUCAUGCCUGAAGCCUACCCCAGCUCCCCCAGAAAAGCUCUUCGCAGAAUACGCCAGCGAAGCAACAGUGAUAUCACCAUAAGUGAACUUGAUGUGGAUAGCUUUGAUGAAUGUAUCUCACCUACAUACAAGACUGGACCAUCACUGCACAGGGAAUAUGGUAGCACAUCUUCAAUUGAUAAACAGGGAACAUCCGGAGAAAGCUUUUUUGAUUUGUUAAAGGGCUACAAAGAUGACAAAUCUGAUCGAGGUCCAACUCCAACCAAGCUCAGUGACUUUCUCAUUACUGGUGGUGGCAAGGGUUCUGGUUUCUCUUUGGAUGUAAUAGACGGGCCUAUCUCACAGAGAGAGAACCUCAGGCUUUUUAAGGAAAGGGAAAAACCACUCAAGCGACGUUCAAAAUCUGAAACUGGAGACUCAUCUAUUUUUCGUAAAUUGCGCAAUGCCAAAGGUGAAGAACUUGGGAAGUCAUCAGAUCUUGAAGAUAACCGAUCGGAAGACUCUGUCAGGCCCUGGACAUGUCCAAAGUGCUUUGCCCACUAUGAUGUCCAGAGUAUAUUAUUUGAUUUGAAUGAGGCAAUUAUGAACAGGCACAAUGUUAUUAAGAGGAGAAACACCACCACUGGAGCUUCCGCAGCUGCCGUGGCAUCCUUGGUCUCUGGACCUCUGUCUCAUUCAGCCAGUUUUAGCUCCCCAAUGGGCAGCACAGAGGACCUGAAUUCCAAAGGAAGCCUCAGCAUGGACCAGGGAGAUGAUAAAAGCAAUGAGCUUGUAAUGAGCUGUCCAUAUUUUCGGAAUGAGAUAGGUGGAGAAGGGGAGAGGAAAAUCAGCCUUUCGAAAUCAAAUUCUGGCUCCUUUAGUGGAUGUGAAAGUGCCUCCUUUGAGUCUACCCUUAGUUCCCAUUGCACAAAUGCAGGAGUGGCAGUACUUGAAGUGCCCAAGGAGAACUUGGUGUUGCACCUAGAUAGAGUGAAAAGAUACAUCGUGGAACACGUAGAUCUGGGUGCAUACUAUUAUAGAAAAUUUUUCUACCAGAAGGAACACUGGAACUAUUUUGGGGCUGAUGAGAAUCUUGGUCCAGUGGCUGUGAGCAUUCGAAGGGAAAAACCAGAUGAAAUGAAAGAAAAUGGAUCUCCGUACAACUACCGAAUAAUUUUUAGAACUAGUGAGCUCAUGACACUGAGAGGUUCCGUCCUGGAGGACGCCAUUCCGUCGACAGCCAAGCACUCGACAGCCAGAGGCCUGCCUCUCAAAGAAGUGCUGGAGCACGUGGUUCCUGAGCUCAAUGUCCAGUGCCUGCGGUUGGCCUUCAACACACCCAAGGUCACAGAGCAGCUCAUGAAACUGGAUGAACAAGGGCUGAACUACCAGCAGAAAGUAGGCAUCAUGUACUGCAAAGCUGGACAGAGCACUGAAGAAGAGAUGUACAACAAUGAGUCAGCUGGCCCAGCCUUUGAAGAAUUCCUUCAACUAUUGGGAGAGCGAGUUCGGCUCAAAGGAUUUGAGAAGUAUCGAGCACAGCUUGAUACCAAAACUGACUCCACUGGAACCCAUUCUCUGUACACAACAUACAAAGAUUAUGAAAUUAUGUUCCAUGUUUCUACCAUGCUGCCAUACACACCUAACAACAAACAACAGCUCCUGAGGAAGCGGCACAUUGGAAAUGAUAUCGUAACAAUUGUUUUCCAAGAGCCUGGAGCACAGCCAUUCAGCCCAAAAAACAUCCGAUCCCACUUCCAGCACGUUUUCGUCAUCGUCAGGGUGCACAAUCCGUGCUCUGACAGUGUCUGUUAUAGUGUGGCUGUUACCAGGUCCAGAGAUGUGCCUUCCUUUGGGCCUCCCAUUCCUAAAGGGGUCACUUUCCCUAAGUCAAAUGUGUUCAGGGACUUCCUUUUGGCGAAAGUGAUUAAUGCAGAAAAUGCUGCUCAUAAAUCGGAGAAGUUCCGGGCCAUGGCAACUCGGACCCGCCAGGAAUACCUGAAAGAUCUGGCAGAAAAGAAUGUCACCAACACCCCUAUCGACCCUUCUGGCAAGUUUCCAUUCAUCUCUCUGGCUUCCAAGAAGAAGGAAAAGUCUAAGCCAUAUCCAGGAGCCGAGCUCAGCAGCAUGGGGGCCAUUGUAUGGGCAGUCCGGGCUGAAGACUACAACAAGGCCAUGGAACUAGACUGCCUUUUAGGGAUCUCCAAUGAGUUCAUUGUGCUCAUUGAACAGGAAACAAAGAGCGUGGUCUUCAAUUGUUCCUGUAGAGAUGUGAUAGGGUGGACUUCAACUGACACCAGCCUCAAAAUCUUCUAUGAACGAGGAGAAUGUGUUUCAGUGGGGAGUUUUAUUAACAUUGAGGAGAUCAAAGAGAUUGUCAAAAGGUUGCAGUUUGUUUCAAAAGGCUGUGAAUCGGUGGAGAUGACUCUGCGAAGAAAUGGGCUAGGACAGCUUGGCUUCCAUGUCAACUAUGAGGGCAUCGUGGCGGAUGUGGAGCCCUACGGUUAUGCCUGGCAGGCAGGGCUGAGGCAGGGCAGUCGCCUGGUAGAGAUCUGCAAGGUGGCGGUAGCCACUCUGAGCCAUGAGCAGAUGAUUGACCUCCUGAGAACAUCUGUCACGGUGAAGGUUGUCAUCAUUCCCCCGCAUGAUGACUGCACCCCGCGGAGGAGUUGCUCUGAAACCUACCGCAUGCCAGUGAUGGAGUACAAAAUGAAUGAAGGUGUUUCAUAUGAAUUCAAGUUUCCCUUCCGAAAUAAUAACAAGUGGCAGAGGAACGCCAGCAAGGGGCCUCAUUCACCUCAAGUCCCGUCCCAGGUGCAGAGUCCCAUGACCUCGCGGCUGAAUGCUGGAAAAGGAGAUGGGAAGAUGCCUCCUCCAGAAAGAGCCGCCAACAUCCCUCGAAGCAUCUCCAGUGACGGGCGCCCACUAGAGAGGCGGCUGUCUCCUGGUUCGGACAUCUAUGUGACGGUCUCAUCCAUGGCUUUAGCAAGAUCCCAGUGUCGGAACUCUCCUAGCAACUUGUCUUCAUCCAGUGAUACUGGUUCUGUGGGGGGCACUUACAGGCAGAAGUCCAUGCCCGAAGGGUUUGGAGUGAGCCGUAGAUCCCCAGCCUCCAUUGACAGGCAGAACACCCAGUCAGAUAUUGGUGGCAGCGGAAAAUCCACGCCUAGCUGGCAAAGAAGUGAGGAUAGCAUUGCUGACCAGAUGGCUUACAGUUAUAGAGGACCUCAGGAUUUCAAUUCUUUUGUCCUCGAGCAGCAUGAAUAUACAGAGCCAACAUGCCAUCUCCCAGCAGUAUCAAAGGUACUGCCAGCUUUCCGAGAGAGCCCCAGUGGGAGAUUAAUGCGGCAGGAUCCAGUGGUUCAUUUGUCUCCAAACAAACAAGGGCAUUCUGAUAGCCACUACUCGAGCCACUCCAGUAGCAAUACUCUCUCCAGCAAUGCGUCGAGUGCCCAUAGUGAUGAGAAGUGGUACGAUGGGGACCGCACAGAAUCCGAACUCAACAGCUAUAACUAUCUGCAAGGCACCUCUGCUGACAGUGGCAUUGACACCACCUCUUAUGGCCCCAGCCACGGCAGCACAGCCUCACUGGGGGCUGCCACAUCGUCACCUCGCUCAGGGUCAGGCAAGGAGAAAGUGGCACCCCUAUGGCACAGCUCCAGUGAAGUAAUCUCCAUGGCAGAUCGGACUUUGGAGACAGAGAGCCACGGCCUGGACCGGAAAACAGAGUCUUCCCUGAGCUUAGACAUACACAGCAAGAGCCAAGCCGGCUCGAGCCCUCUGACAAGGGAGAACAGCACCUUCAGUAUAAACGAUGCUGCUUCCCACACAAGUACCAUGAGCUCCCGACACUCUGCCAGCCCAGUGGUUUUCACCAGUGCCCGGAGUUCACCUAAAGAAGAGCUUCAUCCAGCUGCCCCCUCACAGCUCGCACCAUCCUUCUCCUCCUCUUCCUCCUCCUCCUCUGGUCCUAGGAGUUUUUACCCUCGCCAGGGCGCUACUAGCAAGUACCUGAUUGGAUGGAAAAAACCCGAAGGAACCAUAAACUCCGUGGGAUUUAUGGACACGAGAAAGCGUCAUCAGAGCGAUGGCAAUGAAAUAGCCCACACCAGGCUGCGUGCCUCAACCAGAGACCUCCGGGCAUCUCCUAAGCCAACCUCCAAGUCCACCAUUGAAGAAGAUCUAAAGAAACUAAUUGAUCUUGAAAGCCCAACUCCUGAAUCACAGAAGAGUUUUAAGUUCCACGCACUCUCCUCUCCUCAGUCUCCUUUCCCCAGCACCCCCACCUCACGGCGGGCCUUGCACAGAACACUGUCGGACGAGAGCAUUUACAGUAGCCAGAGGGAGCACUUUUUCACCUCCAGGGCGUCACUUCUGGACCAAGCCCUGCCCAACGACGUCCUCUUCAGUAGCACGUACCCUUCUCUCCCCAAGUCGCUCCCAUUGAGGAGGCCUUCUUACACCUUAGGAAUGAAAUCGCUGCAUGGAGAGUUCUCGGCCUCGGACAGCUCCCUCACUGACAUCCAGGAGACCCGCAGGCAGCCUAUGCCCGACCCUGGCCUGAUGCCCCUGCCUGACACUGCUGCAGACUUGGAUUGGUCCAACCUGGUAGAUGCUGCCAAAGCCUAUGAGGUCCAGAGAGCCUCAUUUUUUGCUGCUAGUGAUGAAAACCAUCGCCCCUUGAGUGCUGCAUCCAACAGUGAUCAGCUGGAGGACCAGGCUCUGGCCCAGAUGAAGCCUUACAGCAGCAGUAAAGACUCCUCUCCCACUCUGGCUUCUAAAGUGGACCAGCUGGAAGGUAUGCUGAAGAUGCUUCGGGAAGAUCUGAAGAAGGAAAAAGAAGACAAAGCUCACCUUCAGGCGGAGGUGCAGCACCUGCGAGAGGACAACCUGAGGCUACAGGAGGAGUCCCAGAAUGCCUCGGACAAGCUGAAGAAGUUCACGGAAUGGGUCUUCAACACCAUAGACAUGAGCUAGGGAAGGCUGAGGAGGACAGGAGAAGGGCCCAGACACUCCCUCCAGCGAGUGUCCUGCAGCCCUUAUUCCCUCCAUAGAAAGCAUCCUCAGAGCACCUUCCCCGGCUUCCUACUCUGCCCCCUUUCGGGGAGUGCACAACACAAUAGUUGCAGAUCAACAAUCAUCACCUGCCUUUUGUAGAAAAGAAAAACAAAAAAAGUAAAUAAAAAUUUUAAACAGUAAAAUAAAAGUUUAACUGCUAAAAUGUGAAUGUCUUUAUUUUUUUGCACAAUAUCUUUAUCUGUUAUGUAUUUAAGAAGAAACUGGGCCUUGGACCAGGGCGUCCCCUGGCCCAUCCGCCUCUAUUCCCAUCAGCUUUCUUAUCAACUUCAGGUAACCCAAGCUUUCCCUUGUUAUUCUAACAAAUAUCAUUAUUCCUAGAAAAAGAAUGUUUUUAUAACUUGUUUGGGGAGUAGAGAGGGAUAUUUCCUUACCUUCUUCCCUAAAAUGCCUGGAGAGGGAGUUGCUUUGAGAAAAUGCCUACCUCCCUUGAAUGACUCGUGCAUGAGCUAGUGCUGUCUGUACCUGUCCUCCAGAGAUCAGCAGGACCGGAGUUAAAUAUUUAACAGCAAGUCUGUAAACCAGAGCAGCUCUGACAGUGCCUGCAGGCCACACCCCUUCUCAGUCCUGCAUUGUGAGGUCAUUUCCUGCUUCUCCCUUUCCCCAGGAAGAUGGUCCCACUUGUGCUGCAAGACUCUUUUUUGUUUGGCUUAAUUGAGCCCCACUAAAUUGGAAUCAAUCUCUCUUACAGCUUCCUGGCUCCAAACAUUAAUUGAUUUCAGAAUUCCCCCAAACUAAAACCUUAUCUGUCUGCAUUUUGAAUGCAUUUUGGUCAAAAGUAUACGUUUUAAAGAUUUUUAAAGAUAAAAAUGUGGCACAAUUGGUUUUUUUAGCUUGCUGAAAAUGACCAUAUCUCUAAAUUAAUCUUUCUCUCCAGAGCAAGACUUCACCAGUAUUUGUAACUAGGAGAAGCUAACAGUGAAUGUUUAAUUGUGAAUUUUAAUUAUUGCUUGUUAGGAACAAUGACUGUGAUACUAGAAUGGGCUUUUGAAACCUGCAUGUCCCAGUGUGAAAUUUCAGCACGGCAUUUUCUGCAUCCUUUCAUGGCCAUCCAAAGGAUUCUGCUGCAGAAAUUAUUGAUGUGCUAUUUUUCCUGUCUUGUGAUGCAGGCUGCUUUGGGCCCCUGGGUCACUCUUCCAAGGCUGCUGUAGAGCACAGAGACAUGGGGCUGGCCAGUGUUGACUGACCUGAGGAGACCCCUUUGUUUGUUGCCUUCAUAACUGUCACUAAACCGACCCCUCUGCCCUUUCAGUGGCAACUCUGGUCUAAGGGAACAUUCAGCACUCUGGCGGCAUCUGAUUGGAAGUUCCCUCACCCAAGUAAUCUCAAUUCCUUCCUCUCUCCAUCCCUGAAAGAAACAGGAUGGAUUUUCCUCUCUUCUCCCUGCUACAUUCACUACCAGAUUUUUAUGCUACAGUUUCAUUCUUGAUUGUGAUUUCUCCAUGGAAUUUUUUUUUUUUCUGGUGACAUUUCUAUCAUGGAAAUAGGAAGAUUUCGGAGUGCUUUGUAAAGAUUUCAAUUGUCUGUCUCUUUCUCUCUUUGACUUGUAUGAAGGAGAUUGUACAUUGCCUGAUAUCUCUUUGUAAAUGAGAAAUAUUGCUAACAUCCAAGCAUUCUGAAGUCUUGCUUAUCCUUCUGAGUUUAGUUCUCAUUUUGUUUUACAUUUUGUUUGGGGACUUGGGGCAAGCUAUUUAUUAGAGUUUUGCAACAGAGUUCUUGUUUGAAGCCUCUAAAGACUACUUGUAAAAUUCAAAGAAUAAAAUUCAUUUUAAACGCUCUUUUAAAA